AUGUUUGUUCUGAACGAGCGUCAAUGUACUAAUUUUGUAUUUUUCCGAUUUUCAGCCUUCACCGACGAGCCUAAGUUGCCGGAAUUCUGGUCUGUGGUGCCAGAGUAUCCUGAUGCUGAUUCGGGUCAGGACACUAGUUCUGAGAUGGAUCGUCGGUGGCGACCGGACUUAAUGCCUGAGGAAAUUUUGGUUCGCAAUUUACUGCAGCGCGGCAGUUUAACGGUUCGACCGAACGGACAAGACAAUCUGACCUCGGUUGCUGUUCGUGUCAAUAUCACCUACAACGUAAUACAGAUCCUUGCAUUUGUGAGUUAA